UCAUUUGCGCCAAAAUUUCAGAAACCCUCUCUGGAAUUUCCAGCUUCCUUCGUCAUCAAUUCCGUUUCAUCUUCCCGCCACAACAAUGCCGCCGCCGAUGACGACGACGACGAUCUUCUUCCUUCCACCUAUACAGUCUUCUUCUCGCGGUCUUCGACCUCGCAAUCUCCGACUUAUCGCUCCACAAUCGCGCACUCAAGAGGCCGAAGCGUUCGGCUUCAAUCGCCACUGGCAAGGACUCAAUCCUUCGAGUAAAUGGAGAAUGGCCAAUACUUCUGCAAAUUAUAAUUGCACGAAUCAGAAGGACGUUACAAUUUUGUUUGUUGAUGCCAUUGUGGUUGAAGCUUUCAACUCAAAAACUCUGUUCCUGAUUGGAUGCUAUACCAUCGUUGAUAUUGAAAUAAACAUAAUAAAGCUUCGAGGGUUGAGCUGAAUCAAAUCUGCAGAUUCAAGUAAGUUAAAAACUAAACUACUACUGGCUCUCUUUUAGAUAAUCAUUUUAUAUGAUCAUCUCAUUUUAGCAAACUUCUUGCCUACCAAGCCAAAAGCAUGCCGAUAUUGUUUGCACGUAAUGGUCGUAGUUGUGUCUGAAAGAGAUGGCUUUCUAUUGCAUAGUGAUUGACCGCCUUUUUCUUUGAUUGAUGGUUUGAUUAUUUGAAUUAGGCUUAGACUGAUUUCUUAGAUCAGAGUAGAGUAUAUUAGGAAAGAAAAGAAGUCUUUGAAUACCCUUUACUGUCUGUAUCUUUUGAUUUGGAAACAUGCAAAUUAUAGAUACUAUCUGCACAAUAUAGUAUCCAUAAUCUUUUACGAACUCUUGGUUCGUUAUUAUUUUGCAAGUGUUUUUUUCUUAAUAAACAAAACAGAACAAAAAGAGCAGAACUAGAAAAAAAAAUAGAAACUA